AUUGUUCUCUUUUGGGUUUUGGCCAAACAAGGCAGGCCGGGAGUGACAGAAGGGACAUGGCUACGGCUCCGACAACGUAUUCGCCGUCUCAGGGUUUAGAGAGACGACAACAACAACAACGGAGAAGGAUCUUCAAGGAAGAGGACUGGGUUCGAUCCGAUGGUCGUGGUUUUAACCAAUGCCGUCCUGCAUUUCUUAGGACAGGCGCAGGAAAUGCGGCAUCAGGAUCUGCUUAUGCAGAGUUUGGAACAACAAAGGUUAUUGUUUCUGUUUUUGGUCCAAGGGAGAGCAAGAAAGCCAUGAUGUAUAGUGACAUUGGUAGACUCAACUGUAAUGUGAGCUUCACUACAUUUUCAACUCCUACCCGUGGGCAGGGAUUAGACAACAAAGAGUAUUCAUCAAUGCUUCAUAAAGCUUUAGAAGGUGCUAUAAUACUAGAGAGUUUUCCAAAGACUACUGUUGAUGUUUUUGCACUGGUAUUGGAAUCUGGUGGGAGUGACCUUCCAGUUAUCAUCACUUGCGCGAGCCUUGCCUUGGCAGAUGCCGGAAUUAUGAUGUAUGACCUUGUUUCUUCAGUUUCCGUGUCUUGUUUUGGCAAGAACCUCGUCAUAGACCCAACAGCGGAAGAGGAAGCCUUUCAAGAUGGCAGCUUCAUGGUCACAUACAUGCCGUCUCGUAAGGAGGUUACUCAACUCACUCUUACCGGAGAAUGGUCAACCGCCAAAAUUAACGAGGCAAUGGAGCUUUGUCUUGAUGCCUGCCUGAAGCUUGCAGAUGUUUUGAGGUCUUGUCUCAAAGAAGCAGCUAAUGCUGGAUGAACUCUGCUGCCUUUGUUUAUGUGAGUGAGUGUAUUUGUAAUUUAUAGUUAACCUUGACUUGAUUGCUUGUCCACUGAAAACAAUGAGAUUUCCUUGCCCUUCAAUCAUUUUUUUUUUAUUGCUGCA